AGCAUGCUGAGAGAGAUACGAUGGUAGAUAAAAGGAUAGCUGUUACCGAUUUAUACACAUCUGCACAGCGCUGGAAUCACUCUCGCUGGAUGCCAUGCUCUGCAGCCAGCCAGCAAAGGCAACAGUAGUAAAGGGCUUAUAGACCUUGGGCCACACACACCUCUGCCUGCAGCCUGAAACAGAUAGAGAGAGAAUAAGAAUUUCCACAGUAUUUUUCAGUGCUGUGAAACCAUGUUCCCUCUUCGGUCUGUCCUCUUGGCUGGCCUUGUCAGUCUGUGCAUCUGUCAGUACUAUGACUAUGACUACGAGCCUGCUGCACAGUCUAUGCCUUCUUCACCUAAUUGUGCUCUGGAGUGUGACUGCCCCAUCAACUUCCCCACGGCCAUGUACUGUGACAGCCGCAACAUAAAGAACAUCCCGUUUGUACCAACAGGAAUCAAAUACCUCUACCUGCAGAACAACCUUAUCGAGGAGAUCAAGGCAGGUGUUUUUGACAAUGUCACUGACUUGCGCUGGUUGGUCCUUGAUAACAAUAACAUCACUAGUGACAAGAUCCAGUCGGGGACCAUUGACAAGUUGGGCAAACUGGAGAAACUCCUCUUCAGCAAUAACAAGCUGAACAAACCUCCUGCCCUUAGCACCAAGUCCCUGGAUGAAGUGAAACUCAACGGCAACCAGCUGACUACAAUUCCCUCAGGUACACUGUCUGGCAUGGAGAAUCUCACUAGCAUUCACCUGGCCAAGAACAAACUGACCACGGAAGGCCUUACCGGGGCCUUCAAAGGAUUGAAGUCGUUGAUGCUGCUGGAUUUAAGUGAGAACAAACUAAAAAAACUCCCAUCAGGCGUCCCCGCUUCCCUUAUGAUGCUGUAUGUUGACAACAACGAUAUAGAAAACAUCCCAAAUGGCUAUCUGGCCAAACUGCCUGCCCUGCAGUACCUGCGUCUGUCUCACAACAAGCUGGCAGACUCAGGUGUUCCGGCAGGAGUGUUCAAUGUCACUUCUCUCCUGGAGCUGGACUUGUCCUUCAACAAGCUCCAGUCCAUCCCUGAGAUCAAUGAAGCAUUGGAGUACCUGUAUCUGCAAGUCAAUCAAAUUAGCAAAUUUGAACUGCCCAACAUCUGCAAGAUUAUCUCACCUGUAAACUACUCCAGACUGGUUUCUCUGCGCCUGGAUGGAAACAAUCUCACCCAAAAUAGCAUGCCUGAUGAGGCAUCCGGCUGUCUCCGUCGUGCCUCUGAGAUCAUUUUUGAUUAGUUCUCAACUCCCUGUCUUCUUUGACCAGCUACUUUAAAAGAUCUAUUCAAACAUCAGAUUAACACUUCGUAUAUUGUUACAGGGGGUAACUUUCCCUCUCAAAUAGUGACAGAACACCAUAUUCAUUUUAUCAGUAUAGCCCCAUAUAACCAAAUAACUCUGGGUUAUUUGUGUAAGGAGAUCUGUACAUUGGAGAAUUUGUAAUACUACCCAAAGUACACCGAGAUCUAUAUAAUAAAAGCUGAAAUUUCCAUUCCUGGCACACGGUAUGAGGCACACAUGUAUUAUGAAUGUUAUGUAUGACUAGUGCUUCAAUACAAAACAUGCUUGAACACCUUUCAUUUCUGACCCUGACAGUCACUUCAAACAUUCCUGUAUCUUAUAUUUAUAUGGAUCGAAUCGAAGCACAGAUCCUCAUUCGCUCUUAUGCUUUUGUAUAGUUUGUCUAAAUGCUGGCACCGACACUCUAUAUUCACUGUACACAUGAUAUUACUCCUUCAGGAAUUAGCUUUAAAGAUGUCGUUUUUAAUCUUCUCUGAUGAGCUUUGUCUGUAUACUAUCUCUUUUCUGUUUGGAAUUUUAUAUAUCGGUUUAGCCAAAGACGGCGUCAGCUAUAUUACCCUAUGUUUCACGUAGCUAGAAAAAAAACAGAGAAAAGAGAAGCAUUGAUAAAGAGGUGUCUUGCAUUAAUCAGAUAUUUAGAUAUUAUCUUCUUCCCAGAGUGCGGACAUUAGUUAAGUACUAAAGGUGUAACUUGCAAGUAUUAUAGAUUUAAACUGUGAAGAAAUGCUACGUAACGUAAUGAAACUAACGUUCGAUCCGCUAAGUAACGGCUUACCGCUCCGUAAAACCGCAAGAUUUAUUCGAUACUCUAAUUUACUUGCAUGCAAAUCAUCAUACGCUCUCUAUAAAGCACUCUCUUUUCCUUCCUUUUCUGUAGGAACGAUAUAAACAUACAACGAAUCGUACACGAACGUAUUUGCUAUAGUUACAAUAUCGGAAGAUCGAUUUCGAGCAUAAUUGCAGGUCUACUAUGUUAAACGUUUAACCUUUUUUAAGACUUUUAAAGCUAAUAAAUCGAGAUUCUUGAACAUACUGUAAACUUUAAAUUCAUAAACAUAUCACAAUA